AUGCCCCCAAAAGCCAUCCCCGAAAAGGGUUUGGACGCGGCUCUUUAUGCCUUGGCUCGUGUCGCUGACGGUCUCGUCGACUGCCAUAGCCUAACGAAUCCAAGUGAAUCGUCGAACCUCUUCUCAAACCCAAGCUUCGAUACAAGCUGUCUCGAUAUAGGAUGGCGUCGCAAGAACCUGAACGCGUCGUGCCACCCAUGGGCGUACUUAUUUCCGUGGCGUGCGUUAGAACCUGGGGAAACAUCCUUGAACGACAAGGUCUUAGCCACCGCAUCUGGCGGCGAAAACCGCGGGCCAUUCCUUGCGCUAGAUGCUGCAACACAGGCGGAAGCGAUUGCGACAGCAGGAGGGGCGGCGGCGUCGCCUGCUGACGUGUCAAUAAAGGACGGGGUCACGGGAGUCACGGACACCCUACUGGCAGCUGACGGGUCCCGUUUUUUACGGUUAUCUUCCGCCUUUUCCGCGUCUUCUAGUGGCGACGGCGCUUCUGGAAGUAGCAAUAGCAGUAGCGCGUAUGGCGGACCAGGCGUGGCGCAAGCGCUGUGCGCGCUUAAGCCCGCGGCGCCGACCAGCAAUGUCUCGCAGGAGGCGCAGCAUCAGCAGGCCCCGCGCCAGCUGUCCCUCUCGUUCUUUGCGCGCGCCAGCCUGUGCACGGAGGGGGAAGGGCGUGCGGAAGGGGCCGCGGAAGGGGCCGCGGAAGGGGAGGCGGAGCGGCUGUUGAAGGUGCUGCUGCUGGCAGUUCCGCUCAACGCUUCCGCCGCCGCCGCGGCAGGGGGAGGGGGAGCAGCAGGCGGAGAAGCAGCAGCUGCGGGAGGGGCGGAGGAAGGAGGAGCGGGGGCGCAGGUGGCCUGUGGUGGGUCACAGCAGCCUCGAACCCUUGGGUUGAUUCGGGCUGCAGGAGCGGGGGAAACAGAAGCAGAAGCAGCAGCGCCGGCAGUGCAAGCAGCUGGGGGGAUGGCAGUAGGGGGUGCGGUGUCUGUAUCCCCGAAUGUGGCAGUGGCAGCAAAGGGUGUGGGGGAAAGACCUUUAUCCCAGACAGCACCAGCAGCGGAGGGUGUGGGGGAGAGACCGGCACAAGCAGCAGAGGGGGAUGCGGGGUCUGUUUCCUCGAGUGAGGCAGUAGCAGCAGUGCAAGCAAGUGGUGGGAUGGCAUUAAGUGGUGCUGGUCCUUCAUCCCAUACUGCUGCACCAGCAGCGGAGAGCGUGGGGGAGAGACCAGCACAAGCAGCAGAGGGGGGUGCGGGCGCUGUUACCCCAAGUGAGGCAGUAGCAGCGGUGCAAGCAAGUGGUGGGAUGGCAUUAAGUGGUGCUGGUCCUUCAUCCCAUACUGCUGCACCAGCAGCAGAGGGUGUGAGGGAAAGACCGCCAUUAGCAGCAGCAGCAUCCGGUGUUGCUGGGAAUGCGGGAGGAGCAGGAGGGGCAGGAGGAGUAGGAGGAGCAGGAGUGGCGGAGUCGGCAAGUCCAAGGAGAGUGGGAGUGGCAUCGGAGGCAGGCAGCAUGGCCGUUGACCUUGUGUCUGUCAUGUCCACCCGCAGUGAGUCUCAGAGAGAGAAGGCCAACCCCUCACCCCUCAAGUCCUUCACCCACUGGCCGCUCUCCAGCUCCCACCCGCUCCUCACAGCCGGCUCAACACGCCGCAACCGCUCCUCCCUCUCCCUCACCACGCUCUCCGACCUCAACGCUGCCGCCCUCGCGCUGCACCCCACCCCCUUCGCCCUGCUCGCCCCCGCCACGCCCUCCUCCCCCUGCCGCCCCUUCUCCUUCUCCACCUCCUUCUCCUUCCGCAUCUCCUCCCCCAACGCCGCCGGGCUGGGCGGCGAGGGCUUAGCGUUUGUGAUGCUGCCGUCUCCUACCCUUGGCUUGCCGGGGCCCUCCCUGGGCUACGGCCGCCUGCUGCUGCCCCCGGGGAGUACGACUGGUGCUGAUAAUGCCAGUGGCGUGUCAUCUCAGCACAGGAGCCUAGCAGUGGAGUUUGACACGGCCUCUUCCCCCGAGUUCUUCGACCGGCCCGACCACCACGUGGGGGUGAACCUGCACGGCAGCAUGCUCUCUCUCGCCUCUGCCCCCGUGCACCCCCUCGGCAUUCCCGCCCUCAACGCCGGCCAGACCCUCCUCGCCACCAUCCACUACAACGCCUCCUCCUCCCACCUCACCGUCUGGCUCUCCCCUGGCUCCUCCUCUUCUGCUUCUUCCUCCUCCCGCUCUUCCGCCUCUCCCACCUCUUCCUCUCGCACCUCUUCCUCUCGCUCCCUUGGUUUUCCUCGCUUUCUUCGCUUCCCGCGCCCUUCCCGCUCUUCCUCCUUUUCCUCCUCCUCAGCCUCCUCCCACUCCGCUCCCCCUCUCCCGUGCUCGGCCGUGCUGACCACAUUCCUGGACACCUGCGAGUGGCUGGGGGGGAACGACCCGGAGGCAGCAGCGCCCCACCCGCUGCUGUUUGUGGGAUUCACAGCGGCCACGGGCAAGGGGGCGGAGCAGGCUCAGGCACACGAGGUGCUGGGGUGGACCUUCCAAGUGGGGGAGGCAGCGGAGGAUCCGCUUCCGUUUUGGGCGGCAGACUCGUUCUCCUUCCCCUACAUCACGCCAGCCACUCCCCUGCUGACACGUGGCAGCACACGAAGGCGUUUCUUUGCCGCCGAUCUCUCCGUCGCUGCUGACGUGGCAUCAUCCACCGGCACCGGCCAAUCAGAUGAGCCCGCCCCUGGAGCCCUCUUCUUCCCUCGCCCGCUGCUCUCCCUCCCCCCCCUGGCCGCCUGCCCUCCCCCGUCGCCCUCUCCUCCUGGACCUUCCGAUUCACAGGUAGAGGGGGGAGGGGAGGGGUUGACAAGGGGGGGGAAGGGAAGGGGGGAGAAGGGAAUGGGGGAGAAGGGAAUGGGGGAGAAGGGCAUGGGGGAAAAGGGAAUGGGGGAAAAGGGUAUGGGGGAAAAGCGUAUGGAGGAAAAGGGUAUGGGGGAAAAGGGUAAGGGGGAAAAGGGUAUGGGGGAGAAGGGAAGGGGGGAGAGAGGAGAGGGGAAUGGGUUGAAGGGGGGAAACGCAGACACCGACCCCUGCAAGGGUUCUCCAGUGCUCCCCUGUGGCACUGGCGUGUGCACCAAGGCACCUGCCCCGUGGGACCCGUCUGUCCUCGUGCCCUCCUGCAAGUGCCCCUUCAAUCUCCCCUCCUUCGAACCCACCCACCUCGCCGGCCUGCCCUCCUGCUUCCCUGAGACCUUCACGUGUCGCCAGCUCCCCGCCAACCCAUGUGCCCCGGGGGUGUGCAUCGAUGAAAUGGAUGGCACCUACUCUUGCCUCUGCCCCGCGCCCUUCUUCUCCUUCUACUUCUUCCCCAAAGGCACUGCCCGCUGCCACCUCUUGCCAAUUUUCCUGUCACCCUAUGGACUCACAUGCCCACUCAUCCUCAGUGCUUACGGGCUCACAGAGACCGAAUUCUUUCUCCAAAACAAGGGGUUUAAAUGCCGAGCGCCCAUCCCUGUAAACACAAUAGUCAACGUCACCAGCCGGGCGUUCUCGCCAUGCACUGCCAUGUACUCUGCUAGUUAUGGUGACACGUGUGACUCACUCAAUGCCCUCUUCUCCACGCAGAUACAGCCACUCAACCCCGCCCUCAGCUGCUCUGACGGGCCCAGGCCCGGCCAGCUCCUCUGUGUAGACUUCAACCAAACGUGGCUAGAAUUGGGAAAAACCCACCUGGAAUGCAACCACUAUGCGCAAAUCACCCCAACCGCAACCACAACCCCAUCCCCACCCACCCCCGCUGGGAUUCAACCACCCAAGUCUAAGAGCCAAGGGGCGGCAAUGACUGAGCCAAUCCUUCAACCACCCCCUCUUGUAGCCAACUACGCGAGCCAAGGCAUGCUCGUCACUGAGCGGGGCCCUCAACCACCUCCCCUCCUAGCCAACUAUACAAGCCAAGGCGUGUUAGUGACUGUGCUGCAGGGCCCGCAGAGCUGCCAGCAGCUGUGGCGGGCGUUUGCCAUCUCCUCCCCCACGCGCUUCUUCCAGAUGAAUCCCGGCGUCUCCUGCGACUCGCUGCUUCCACACAGCCCCCUGCAGGGCAACAUGAUGAGCAAGGGUCAUGCUCCUGCCACACAGCCCCCUGCAGGGCAACAUGAUGAGUCGGGGGAGCUGGGCCAGGAUGUUUUUGAGAAUUCUUGA